UGUAUAUAAAGGAAAUAAACUUAUCUUAUCUGACCCCUCUCCUCUUUCAAUGGAAAAAGUUGGAGAUGCCUCAUCAACCAUUGGCUCACAACAAGAGUCAACUUCAACAACUCACCAUUUAACGAUUCCACACGGUCUAACUCAGCAAGAAUUCUCCGAGUUAUCCCCUCUUAUCUCCGAGUUCCACACCUACCGAAUCGGUUCCCGGCAAUGUUCUUCCCUACUAGCACAACGCGUCAACGCACCAAACGACGUCGUAUGGUCAAUAGCCCGUCGUUUUGAUGAGCCCCAGAUUUAUAAACACUUCAUCAAGAGCUGCGUGGUUGAGCCUGGAUUUACUAUGACCGUGGGAUCCACUCGUGACGUCCACGUCAUCUCUGGUUUACCGGCUGCUACCAGUACUGAAAGGCUUGAUAUACUGUACGAUGACCGACACGUCACUGGUUUUACUAUUAUUGGAGGUGACCAUAGGCUGAGGAAUUACCGGUCGAUCACGACUGUUCAUGGUUUUCAACGUGACGGGAAGAUCUGGACCGUUGUUUUGGAAUCUUAUGUGGUUGAUGUACCUGAAGGUAACUCCGAAGAGGACACGCGUCUCUUCGCUGAUACUGUCGUGAAGUUGAAUCUCCAGAAAUUAGCUUCCGUCGCUGAAGCGUUGGCGCGUGAUGGACACAGCGAAUCGCAUCUUCUUUAACAGGCCAAAAAUAUGGAAGUCUGGGUGUUUGGUGAAUGACGAAAACGCCCUGCCGUUUGAAGACAAUUGACUUAUAAUGCCACGUGAUGUUAUUUAUGAUAGGGAUGGGUUUGAUAAGAUCAGAUCGCAUUAGUUAAUCUUGGGAAUUGGAAAUGCUAUCUAGAAGAUUAAGGGUAUUAUGGUCAAUAUGUCUUACUAUUAUUUUAGUUUCUCAUUUAAUGAUGUCAAAAUGUCUUGUUCUUUUUUUAUUUUAUUUGAGGGAAAAAAAAUGUCUUGUUUAAAUUUGUAUGAUAUUUGAAAAUUAAGAAAACGUUGGAAGACAAAUAUAUAUCAUUGAAAA